AUGCGUGAAGAGCGUGCCGUGUCGGAGUUAACGGCUGAAUUGAGCAACGGAGUGUCGAAAGCGGCGCACGCGUCGGCAAGGCCGACUGGCCGCCACGCCGCCGCCAUUAUCGAUUCGAGGAGCGUGCCACAAGGCUUUUGUGUCACCACGAAAGUCAACGAUUCCGGAGCGGUGCCGAGCUCUGUGCACGCGCGGCCCACAAUGACGCAUUACCAUGUCGACAAUGGAAGGGUGACGCGUAAUGAAAGUGCUCGAAGAAAGUACGCGAUCUGCACCAAGCCGACAUCGAGGGGUCUUACUUACUGUGCACUUUCACGAAACGCUAUGCCGGUGCGACGUCUCUGGAACAACUGCCCGCUCGCCAAGCGUGGCAACUAUGGCAAAAACCCCUCAACUAUGGGGGAGGCCAUAUGUUCAGCAGUGGACUCAAACAGGCUGAAA